CCUUUAUAGUGUUUAGUCCUCUGUCUUGCUUUACUACUCUCACUAAACGUAAUCCUUGCUUGGUCCUCUGUCUUUCUUUACUAUUCUCACUAAACGUAAUCUUUGCUUGGUCCUCUGUCUUGCUUUACUAGUUACUACUCUCACUAAACGUAAUCUUGUUGGGUCCUCUGCCUUGCUUUGCUACUCUCGCUAAACGUAAUCCUAGCUUGGUCCCCUCUGCCUUGCUUUACUACUCUCACUAAACCUUUUCUUGGAAAUGGAGACAAAAGCUGGGAAACAAAACAAGAGAAGUGUUGCUGAAUCAGAUGAUGUCUCCGGGACAAGGAGGCCAAAGCGAGCAGCAGCGUGUACAAACUUCAAGGAGAAACCUAUCCGUAUCUCUGAGAAAUCUGCAGCUGUUGAAGCCAAGAAGCAUCAGAUCGUGGACGAGGAGGUCGUGGGGAUCCAGUUAACUACUUCUAUGGAGAGAAACCAUGACCAACCUCGUCCAAAUCGGAGGCUAAAUGAAUUCAGUUUCCAUGAUUCAAACGGAGUUCCACAGCCUCUGGAGAUGUUGGAAGUUGAUGACGUCUUUGUCGGAGGUGUUAUCUUACCGUUAGAUAAUGACAAAGAGAAAGAAAAGGGUGUGAGGUGUCAAUCUUUUGGACGAGUAGAGAACUGGAAUAUCUCUGGUUAUGAAGAUGGUUCCCCGGUGAUAUGGAUCUCAACCGCGUUAGCCGAUUACGACUGUCGUAAACCUUCUACCAGCUACAAGAAGAUGUAUGAUUAUUUCUUUGAAAAGGCUUGUGCUUGUGUGGCUGUGUAUAAGCACUUGUCCAAGAAUCCUCAUACAAGUCUUGAUGAUCUUCUUGCGGCGGUUGUUAGAUCGAUGAACGGAAGCAAGUUCUUUUCUAGCAACGGGGCCAUCCAUGAUUUUGUUAUGUCCCAAGGAGAGUUCAUAUACAACCAACUAGCUGGGUUGGAUGAGACAAGCUUUGUUGAGAAUCCUAUUCUUAUCUCUCUAAGAGAUGAGAGUAGUAGAGUUCACAAGGCUUUGUCUAAUGUGGCUUUGUGGGUUGAUGAGAGCAAGGCCUCGACAUCUGGUGUUGUUGACAAGGAGAUGAAAUAUGCCAAACUACUACAAGAUGAAGAGUAUAGGAAAUUUCUGCAGCAGCCGAGAAGUAAGAGCACCUCAACUUCUGCUUCGAAGUUUUACGUUAAGAUCAAUGAAGACGAGAUUGCCAAUGAUUAUCCUCUCCCAGCUUACUAUAACAGCAUCAUAGAAGAAGCAGACGAGCUUUUACUUUCUGAUCCUGGGUACGAGGUUGAUACUAGUGAUCUACCUUGUAGAACACUUCACAACUGGGCUCUUUACAACUCUGAAUCACGGUUGAUAUCUCUAGAGCUUCUACCUAUGAAGCCAUGUGCUGAUAUAGAUGUCACCAUCUUCGGGUCAGGUGUGGUGACUAACGAUGAUGGAAAUGGGUUUUCUUUGGAUGAUUCGGAGAGCUCUACCUCUACGCAGUCGCAUGAUCCUGAUGGGAUGAAUAUAUUCCUCAGUCAAAUCAAGGAAUGGAUGGUAGAGUUUGGGUCAGAAAUGAUCUUCGUUACAUUACGAACAGAUAUGGCAUGGUAUCGACUUGGGAAACCGUCAGAACAAUAUGCUCCUUGGUUUGAACCUGUUAUGAAAACAGCCAGGAUCGGGAGGAGCAUUUUGGCUUUGCUCAAGAAUGAAACAAGAGCUGCUAAGCUUUCAUAUGCAGACGUCAUAAAAAGACUAUGCAAUAUGGAGAAGGACGAUAAAGCUUACAUCUCUGACAAACCAUUGGAUGUGGAGAGAUAUGUGGGCGUCCAUGCACAAAUUAUCUUGCAGCUUCUUACAGAAUAUCCUGACAAGGAUAUAAGAAAGUGCGCAUUUGUUCAUGGUCUUGCAAGUAAAUUGCAAGAUAGGCACCACACGAAAUGGGUCAUCAAGAAGGAGAAAGUCUUGCAGAAUGGAAAGAAUAAGAAUCCAAGGGCACAUAGGGCAUCCAAGAUGAAACCCAUGCAAGCUACAACAACUCGCCUUAUCAACAGAAUUUGGGGAGAGUUUUACUCCAUGUACUCUCCAGAGGUUUUACCUGAGGAGAUUGGUGAAGAAGAAAAGCCUGAAGAGCUUGAGGAGGAAGAGGAGGACGAGAAUGAGGAGGAUGACGCAGAGGAGACUCUGCCAGAAGCUGUUGGGGUUCAAAAGUCUCCUAGUCCUAAGAAAAUCAGAGGUAGUUCUGAGAAAAUGGAAGUGAAGUGGGAUGGUGAGAUUCUUGGAAACACUUCAGCUGGUGAGCCUCUCUAUGGCAAAGCUCUUGUUGGAGGGCAAAUGGUGGUUGUAGGUGAUGCUAUCAUCUUGGAAGUUGGUGAUCAAGAUGAGACUCCGGCGAUCUAUUUUGUGGAGUACAUGUUUGAAAGUGUAGAUCACUGCAAGAUGCUACAUGGUAAACUCUUACAGAGAGGAUCCAACACUGUUCUUGGGAAUGCGGCUAACAAGAGGGAACUAUUCUUGACUAAUGAAUGUCUUAUAGUUCAGCUCAAGGACAUAAAAGGAACAGUCGGUUUUGAGAUUCGAUCAAGGUCGUGGGGGCAUCAGUAUAGGAAGGAGAACACCAUUGCGGAUAGGCUCGAUCGGGAAAGAGCAGAAGAAAGAAAACAAAAAGGGGUUUCAACCGAUUACUACUGCAAAAGCUUGUACUCACCAGAGAAAGGUGGGUUCUUUAGUCUUCCAAGAAGUGAUAUGGGUCUUGGUUCUGGACUCUGCACUUCAUGUAAGAUAAGAGAGGAUGAAGCGGAAAGGUCUAAAACAAAACUUAAUGCUUCAAAGACAAACUUUUACUCCAAUGGAGUCGAGUAUUCUGUUGAGGAUUUUGUUUACAUAAUCCCCAGCUACAUAACUAAAGAUGGAUUGGAGAACGGUAGUAAGCGAAAACCUUUUAUAAGGUAUGGUCGAAACAUUGGGCUUAGUGCUUAUGUUGUUUGCCAAUUGCUUGACAUUGUUGUCGUAAGCGAACCUAAAAGGGCCAGUAAAGCUUCCUUCGAGGUUAAAGUAGCAAGGUUUUAUAGGCCUGAGGAUAUUUCUGGAGAGAAGGCAUAUACUUCAGACAUACAAGAGAUAUAUUAUAGCCAUGAUAAAUAUGUUCUUCCUCCAAUGGCUAUAAAGGGAAAAUGUGAAGUAAGGAAGAAAAAUCAUAUGCCCUUAUACUGUGAACAUCCAAUAUUAGACCAUAUCUUCUUCUGUGAACUUUUCUAUGACUCCUCUAAUGGUUCUCUCGGAAAGUUGCCUUCAAAUAUGAAGCUGAAGUUCUCUACAAGUAAAGAAGACAAACUUUUAAGAGAAAAGAAGGGGAAAGGAGAGAAGGGUGAAGCUAGCUCUGGGAUGAUUGUGAAGCCUGAUGAGGUACCUAAAGAGAUGCGUCUAGCUACACUAGAUAUUUUUGCUGGAUGUGGUGGCCUGUCUUAUGGACUAGAAAAAGCGGGUGUAUCUCAUACAAAGUGGGCGAUCGAGUAUGAAGAGCCAGCUGGGCAAGCUUUUAAGCAAAACCAUCCUGAAUCAACUGUUUUUGUUGACAACUGCAAUGUGAUUCUUAGGGCUAUAAUGGAGAAAUGUGGAGAUGUAGAUGAUUGUAUCUCUACUGUGGAGGCUACUGAACUUGCAGCUAAACUUGAUGAAUACCAGAAGAGUACUCUUCCAGUUCCUGGUCAAGUUGAUUUCAUCAACGGAGGACCUCCAUGUCAAGGGUUUUCUCGUAUGAACAGGUUCAGCGACAGCACUUGGAGUAAAGUCCAGUGUGAAAUGAUAUUGGCAUUCUUGUCCUUCGCUGAUUAUUUCCGGCCAAAAUAUUUUCUUCUAGAAAAUGUGAAGGGCUUUGUAUCAUACAAUGAAGGGCGUACAUUUCAACUUACUCUGGCUUCUCUUCUUGAAAUGGGGUACCAGGUAAGAUUUGGAAUCUUGGAGGCAGGUGCAUAUGGAAUAUCACAACCUCGUAAAAGAGCUUUCAUUUGGGCAGCUGCACCAGAAGAAGUUCUUCCACAGUGGCCUGAGCCAAUGCAUGUCUUUAAUAACCCGGGUUUAAAAAUCCCACUAUCUCGAGGUUUACAUUAUGCUGCUGUGGAGACUACUAAAUUUGGUGCACCUUUCCGCUCAAUCACGGUGAGAGACACAAUUGGCGAUCUUCCACCAGUAAAGAACGGAGAGUCCAAUAUAAUGAAAGAGUAUGAAGGUGCUGAUCCAGUCUCCUGGUUCCAAAAGAAGAUGAGAGGAAACAUAAUUGUUCUUACUGAUCAUAUAUGUAAAGAGAUGAACGAACUAAACCUCAUUCGAUGUAAGAAAAUCCCAAAGAGGCCAGGUGCUGAUUGGCGUGACCUGCCGGACGAAAACGUGAAGUUAUCAAAUGGGCUCAUGGAAAAGUUGAUUCCUUCUUGUCUAUCAAACAAAGCUAAGUACCACAAUGGUUAUAAAGGACUUUAUGGUAGAUUAGACUGGCAAGGCAACUUACCCAUUUCCAUCACCGAUCCACAGCCAAUGGGUAUGGUGGGAAUGUGCUUCCAUCCUGAACAGGACAGAAUUAUCACUGUCCGUGAAUGCGCCCGAUCUCAGGGCUUUCCAGAUAGCUAUGAGUUUUCAGGAAAGAUAAAACACAAACAUAGGCAGAUUGGGAAUGCAGUCCCUCCACCAUUGGCAUUUGCUCUCGGUCGGAAGCUUAAAGAAGCCCUACAUCUCAAGUGCUCUCUUCAACACCAAUCCUAAAAGGCACCCAAAUUUGCAUAAUGUAAAAUGAAUAAGAUGAUUUUCUUUAAAGCCCUCCAUCUCAAGACUCAAGUGUGCUCUCUUCAACACCAAUCCUAAAAUGUACCCAUAUUUGCAUAAUGUAAAAUGAAUAAGAUUGAUUGUCGUUUCAUUUUUCAUAAGUAUAA